AUGCGACAGUCUUUACGGCGAAAGUCUUGCAGUGCUUGCGCGCGCUCCAAGCGCCGCUGCAGUCUCAGUCUCCCCAGCUGCAGGCGCUGCACAGCGAAAGGCAUAGAGUGCUCGUAUCCCACCGUCACGCCCGUGCCGCCUCCUCUUUCAAAUGCGAUGCUCAGUGAUUCAAUUGACGCCGAUGCUUUGCUUUCUCUUCAGUUGCCCUCUUUCACGUCCUCCACAACUGAAGCGUACGGCAUGGAGCUCGACUCUGUAGAUCGUCAUGCCCAUGCCCAUACAGCAAACGAUUAUACUGCGCGCGCAGAAUUUCUGGCUCAUAUGAUGUCACUGCAGUCCACGGCAUUGGCUGACAAGGGAUUCAAUGUCUUUAUCCAUUCGUCACAGACUCUGGCCUCAGAUGCCUUGCGCGACGCGUUGGCUGGCAGUGCCCUACACGCUAUGCGUAACCCUUCUAAUGCGGGCUUCGUCGAUUCUGAGAUUACAAGGCGCGUCUCUAACAUUGUCGCCGUCUUACUUGCAGCGCCAAUGUGCGACGACAUGGUCGACUCGCAAAUACUUCCUUCGGUCCAAGCACUUCUUGUCUACCAAUGUAUGCGACUCUUCUCGCCAGGCAGUGUCAGCCAACAAACACAGGCGGAACGCGAUAACAUUAUUCUUCAAAUGUGGGCAUCGCGAUUGCAACUAUCAUUGGCUCGCGAUGAUGGCCUGAUUGAGGCGAGCUGGGAGAUUUGGGUUGAGCAGGAAGCCAUCCGUCGCACGCUCAUAUGCAUAGAGCUUGCACAGGGUACUUACACUUACCUUCGAGGGAACUGGCCCAUCGGUCUCCGGUGUAAUCACGACCUAAGAUUCAACGCACAGAGGGCUCUUUGGGAAGCCAAGUCAGCUGCGGAGUGGCGCUUGGUCUGCGACGAUUUCGCCCAUCCCUCGAUGCCAUGCAAUAUGAUUCGCUUACAUAAAGACAUUUGUGACGCAAUGCCUGGUGAUUUGGAUGAUCUAGGGGCUAUAUUACGCGUUACGGGUCAAGGGCUUGCGGACUUGAAUACCUGGCUUCGUCACGAUAAAGAAGCCUUGCAGCGAUGGGGCCAAGUGGGUGUAUGA